AUGGCUGCAAACAUGGUGAAUACGCUUCUCGAAAAGCUCCAUCUGACAUCCAAGGAUCAGGGAGCUCCUGCCCAAGAACCUGGCGAAGAGGAGUUGAAAGCUCUGCGUCAGAAAUACGAGAAGGCGAAUCAAGAGCAUGUCCUUGCCUUCUACGACGAACUCGAUGUGGAGGGGAAAGCUGCUCUGUUUGAACAGCUAUCCAACUUCGACCCAGAUCGUAUCAAUGUCCUCGCAGACAAAGCCCUCCACCCUCCGAAAGACUCAGACCAGCAGGAAACCUCCAUCAAUCCCCUCCCCGAAUCCGCCACCGCCUCCCUUCUCGACGCCCCAGAUGAACAAAAAGAAGAGUGGUAUAAGGCUGGACUUUCCCUUAUUGCACAGAACAAAGUGGGUGUGGUAUUGAUGGCGGGUGGACAAGGGACGAGACUGGGCAGCUCUGAUCCCAAGGGAUGCUUUGACAUUGGCCUGCCCAGCAAGAAGUCGUUGUUCCAGAUGCAGGCAGAACGGAUCUGGAAGGUGCAACAACUGGCAAAACAACAUGCCGGCUCUUCUACCGACCCAGUUGUCCCCUGGUAUGUCAUGACCAGUGGUCCUACUCGAGCACCUACGGAGAAGUUCUUUGAGAAGCACAACUACUUUGGUCUGGCCAAGGAGAACGUUGUCAUCUUCGAGCAGGGUGUCCUCCCAUGCAUUUCAAAUGAAGGGAAGAUUCUUAUGGAAAGCAAAUCCAAGGUUGCUGUGGCUCCUGACGGGAAUGGUGGCAUCUACCAAGCUCUAGUGCUGUCCGGAGCUCGUGCAGAUCAACGAAAACGUGGUAUUGAACACGUCCAUGCUUACUGUGUAGACAACUGCCUGGUCAAAGUCGCAGAUCCAGUCUUCAUUGGCUUCGCAGCCUCCAAGGACGUCGACAUUGCGACCAAAGUUGUGCGAAAGCGGGCAGCAAACGAACCGGUUGGUCUGAUUGUGGAGAAGAACGGAAAGCCGGACGUGGUCGAGUACUCUGAGAUUGACAAGGAGAUGGCCGAAGCCACGGACAGUUCAGAUCGCUUGAAAUUCCGAGCUGCCAACAUCGUCAACCACUACUACUCAUUCCGGUUCUUUGAAGCCAUUGAAGAAUGGGGACACAAGUUGCCACAUCACGUUGCGAAGAAGAAAAUCCCCUAUAUGGACACCGAGACAGGCGAGACCGUCAAACCCGAGAAACCAAAUGGGAUCAAGUUGGAGCAGUUUGUGUUUGACGUCUUUCCAUUUGUCCCAAUGGAGAAGUUUGCCUGCCUCGAAGUUGACCGUAAAGAGGAAUUCUCGCCAUUGAAGAAUGCUCGUGGCUCAGCGGAAGAUAAUCCAGAUACCAGCAAAGCAGACAUUAUGGAACAAGGAGCCCGGUGGCUGGCGGCUGCAGGGGCUACAGUCGUGUCCGAGGGCAAUGACAAGGGCGUCGAAGUGUCCCCACUCAUCAGCUAUGGUGGUGAGGGCCUCGGCUACUUGAAAGGAAGAGAGAUCAAGGCCCCGGCUGUGAUCGAAAGAAGCCCAUCGGAGUAG